AUGGCUUCGAAUAAUGUUGCGAAGGUUUUGAAACUGACACUAAAUCAGUACUUUGAAAGCACAUCUUUAGAUGGAUAUAAAUUUUUCAUUGAACUGAAGGGGCAAACAGUACAAAGAUGUGUUUGGGGCCUGAUUUUGCUAGUUAACUUCGCCUUUUCUAUCUACAUCGUGUCCUACGCCUGGCAAACUUUCACCUCGAAUCCGACCAUCACUACAUUGGAAAGUCAGGAGUAUCCUAUUUGGAACGUACCAUUUCCCGCUGUUGCAAUUUGUAGUGUUAAUAAAUUUAGUUUGAAAGCAGUAAAGCAAUACGUACAGGAACUAAAAAUGAAAAUGUUCAAUUCAACCACUGAGAGCCAAUUGAUGGAAAGUAUGUUGUUACUGGGGUCCAUGUACGACAUCGGUUCCGCAAAUUCGGACGAUGCUGCCAGUUUUCAGAAUGUUCUGGAUUACUAUGACUCCAACAAGGAUGACGGAUUUUAUGAUAUCCGAAGUGUUAUGGAAAAGCUUGCUCCAAAAUGCGAGGACUUCAUGUUAAAAUGUCAAUGGCUGGGAGAAGAUAGGGAGUGUAAAAGCUUGUUUACAUUAGAAGCUACUUCAGAUGGUUUCUGCUGCACUUUCAAUUACGAGAGGUUCAAAUAUAAAUAUACACAGAGCACGCUCUUGAAAACCAACCUAACUGGAGCAUCAAAAGGACUUAUUGUUCUACUCAACGGCACUACAUCAGACUAUUUCUACAGUAAUCGGAAUACAUUGGGCUUUGCAGUGCAACUAUUUUCGCCAGGAAAUUUCCCAGAUGGAACUACAGGAAAUCUACGCGAAUAUAUCCUGAAUCCAGGCCGAGAAGUCUACUUGAAACUGCUAGUAACAACGGAAAAGUCGAUGAAUACCAUUAGACCGUAUGGAAUUAACCAGCGCAAAUGUCUUUUCAAAGAUGAAAAGAGCCAGGAAUAUGGCGACCAUUAUAGUUAUCCUGAAUGCCUAACAAAGUGCAAAUUGAGAAGCAUUUACGCACUUUGCAAUUGUAUUCCAUUUUAUGCUCCUUCCGAUUUCAAAAUAUCUGAUGAUAACAGAAUGCACUGUACUUUAGCUGAUGUCAAGUGUUUGGAGAGAUACAGAGUGACGUGGAAUACGUACAAACCUCAAGGAGCUGGAAGGGAAGGUUUUGAACGGGAACAAGAGGAUUCAUUGAACUGUCCGGAUUGCUUACCACUUUGCUCAACAACGUCAUACAAUUUUGAAACAACAUCGUCAGAAAUCCAGACCAAGGGUUCUGCUAGAACUAGCUGGGGCCUAUUGAAAGGGUUGGACAACCUAACUGAUGUCAGCCUUUUGCGAAUUUACUACUCAACGACCGCAUCAGUAUUAUAUAAAACAGAUGUUUUGUACACUUGGUAUGAGAUUCUAGGAAACUUCGGCGGUUUACUAGGAUUGGGUCUAGGUUUUUCCAUAAUCAGUUUUGUUGAACUCAUAUAUUUUUUAACUGUAAAGGUGUGCGUAAAUAGAGCACAGUUGGCAAAGCAAGUUGUUCCAAUACCACGGAAAAGAAAUCGCAUGGGAUUACUAAACAAUGGAGGGAACGAAAGAGGAAAGGCUAACAAAAAUAUGCCACAAUUUGAUUACCUGGAGUAA